AAGAUGGCGACCAUAACUGAGUUGAAAGCAGUUUUAAAAGAUACACUGGAGAAACGAGGGAUUCUGGGGCAAAUCAAAGCGAGGGUCCGAGCAGAGGUGUUCAAUGCGCUGGACGACCAAAGCGAACUGCGACCGCUAUUGUCCCACGAAAAUCUUCUGAUCAACGAACUGAUCCGUGAAUACUUGGAAUUCAACAAGUACAAGUAUGCUGCGUCUGUGCUAACGGCAGAAUCCGGCCAGCCAGAGGUUCCCUUGGACAGAGACUUUCUGGUGAAGGAGCUAAACAUAGUCGAAGAUCCAAGCAGCAGAUCAGUGCCGCUUCUGUACGGGAUCGUAGCCCAGCUGUUGCAGGCCGAUAAAGGAGAAAAGGCCCGCCAGACAUUCCCCAGGUCGCCGUCCCUGCAGUUUUCAAGGUGGAAUUACAGCAAGCCAGCUCACCACAGGAGCCAAAUGGCCACAGUUCCAGAGGCGGCUGGCCCAGGCCUCGAAGGUCCGUCAGCUUUACGCGGCAUGCCAAGAUGAAGGAACAAACUGCGCAGCUGGUCUUCGGUCCCUAGCUCCCCUGAUCCAGCGCUUCUUAAAUGUGUGAAGGACCCGUUUGUCCCUGUGGCGUGGCUCCGUAUGGGUAAGGACUGUUGAAGGAAAUGCCUUAUUUCUGAACAACUCCCGGCUGAGGCCGGCUCUGUGGGGCCAGGCCAAGAAUUGCCUUUGCAAACUCCAAGGACUUUGGGGAGGUAAAAUGACACGCUCGUUAGCGUGCAAACGCAAGAACCUGAGAGAUUUAUCAUCCCAGUGUUUUCUGCUGUU